ACCCGUUCAGUCACACUGCAUCAUAGAAAAGCUCUAGCGCUCCUUAGGAAAUGGACUUUCUAAAGGGAUUAAUGCGUCUCUGCGGUGAUACAUCUCAAGCUCUAAAUUUGCAUCAUCAGUCCCACAAGCUGUUCCUCCAAACAGUGUGGAAAGGAUUUACGCAGCCACAUUACUGAAGAGGAUUCUAUGACUUAUGCUACAUCCACAAUUUAACUGCGUGUCAGAGAUGCCCCCUUCCAUAAAGUGGUGCAUUAGGUGGGCUGUCUGCUUGUCCUUUAUUCUCGCACUGAUCCCCAGGUCCAGAGGAUCAAUGCUGAAUUGUCACAAAAUGUGCAUAUGCGCCAGCAACAUCGUCAGCUGCUCCAAGAUGAACUUGACGAUGGUUCCGUCCGAGCUGCCCAACUACACAGCUGUGCUUGACAUUAGUUUUAACGAGAUAACCGGACUACGCGCACAAUGGACCAAGCACAAACUUCCCAACCUCCACAACCUCUUGCUCAGCCACAAUGGUUUGUUGUUCAUCUCUUCUGAGGCGUUCAUUUUCGUAAAGCAAUUGCGCUACUUGGAUCUGUCAUCGAAUAAACUGCGACAGCUAGACGAGUUAAUUUUCGAGCCACUGAUACAUCUGGAGGUUCUGCUGCUCUACAACAACCAGAUCUCGCAGAUCGACCGCACAGCCUUCUCGGGCCUCAGUGGCCUGCAGAAGCUCUACCUGAGCCAGAACCAGGUGUCCCGCUUCCCCCUGGAGCUCGUCAAGGACAAGAGCCGACUGGACAAGCUGAGCCUGUUGGACUUGUCUUCCAAUCGGAUCAAGGUUCUCCCCAUUCAAGACCUCCAGGCGCUGCCGGCCUGGAUCAAGAAUGGGCUGUACUUCCACAACAACACCCUCAUCUGCGACUGCGAGCUGUACAGUUUGAUGGCUCAUUGGUAUAUCCGACGGCUCAAUUCAGCUGUGGACUUCAAGGACGAACACACCUGUGUGCAUCCCGGCCCAGAUAAACGGGUGCUGCGUUUGUACGGUCUCAACACUCAUAUGAACUGCAGCACGUUUAAAGAAACUGACCAAGAGGCUUAUUUGGAGCAGACGCUCACCCUCAGCUGUGAUACCAAACAGCGGAAAAUGUCCAAGACCUGGAUGCUGCCUGGAAACAUAUUGGUGCCUCCUGACAGUAACCAGAGCGAUACAAAUAACGACAAGUUUGUGAAAAAUGGCAACCUUGAGAUAAAAUCGAUACGACCUGAGGACUCAGGUGUGUACACUUGCUUCGCCGUGAGUGAAUACCUCAACGAAACGCUCUAUGUGGUGGUCAAAGUCCACAACUUCACCCUCAACGGCAACGGCGAGACCCUCAACACUGCGUACACCACUCUGGUGGGCUGCUUGGCCAGCGUGGUCCUGGUUCUUAUCUAUCUGUACCUGACACCCUGCCGCUGCUUCUGCUGUCCAGACCAGGGCAAAAAGAACCAGCAUGAAGACAGCAUCCACUCCUCCAUGCUCAGCGCCACCCCGACGCACGAGGAUAUGGCAACCAAAGCAGAGCUCAACAGGCACGUGGCCUUCAUAGACCCCAAGGACCUGCAGGGACAGAAUGGAAAGGUGAAUCCUAACGGAGAUGAAGAAGUGGAUGAGGAGGCCAUGCAGGGAAAAGGAAAGCGGAAGAAAUCGGUGGCAGACUCUAUUAGUUCGGUCUUUUCUGAUACUCCCAUUGUAGUCUGAGGGAGGAUGUGUCUUUUUGGCUAGAGACAGUUCUUUGUUGUGGCUUUCGGACUAAGAGACUAGAGUACACAGUUUGCCAUCCUCAGUGUUUGGCUGUUUCUGCAAAACCUUUCCAGCAUUUUAAUCUGUAGCACUUAAGUAUAUACUGUGAAAAGGUCUUGCCAUAUUAGUGGAAUCUAAACUUGGAGUGUUUAGAUGUUCCUGUGAGUUUAAGCCCACUAAGUGUGACUAGAGGUAGUCUGGGUAAACAACAAAUGCAAUUUGCGAUUUCUCAAUGAUCAAGCUAGAAAGCUAUAGGUUGAGAGACGUUAGAACAUUAAUACAUCCUCUAUAUAAUCACAUCAUAAGCAUGAGCUUUGCAGACUGCUAAUGUUAAGAAGAAUACAGCAUAGAAUGAAGCCCUUGUUGCUAAUAAUAUUUACCACAAUUUACGCUAACUGACCAACCUUACCACUUUAUGUAAAGCUAUAUGCAGUUGGUCAUUGCAAGAGAAAGCAACUAUAGCAUUUGAGAGGACAGUCACAAGAAAAUGAUGAAAAAGUAUUCGUUUCUGUGGAACAUUAGAAGUUGUUUUGAAACACUUACUGUAUAUGAAACAUCCUCCACCUAUAUAUGGCAAUGGGAAAAGAAAAAAAAAACAUAUCCUGGUUAAACUCGAUUGGCUGUUUGAAUCUAGACUCUUUCGGUCCAAUUUCAUUAGCAAUUAUAGAAGUUUAAAUGUUGGAUACCAGUAUAAAACUUCCAUCUAUAUGAAACUAUAUUUAAAUACAGCCAUUUUUGAACACAUUAAACCUCACAUAAAAAAAUGCAGAACGUGUGCAUUUUCAGCCGCUUGAGCUCAUCUGUCAUGACAACCAAGGAGUGACAUAUAACCGAAAUGCUAAUGCAAUCUUUUAAUAGAAUGACGUGUCCCAUCUGCUUGCAUUCUCAUCUCUAAAGCAAUGAUGAUUUGAGCCUGGAUUCAACAGCCAAAACAGUUUCGGACACUCAGACCUCUUCUCACUCUGCGUUCAUUUGCACUUGUGGUGGUUGGAGUCGGUGCGGACUCAUCCAUUGUCAGAAUGGAUGUCACUUGAAGCGCCGAUGUAAUAAAAAGCCAAAGGCUGAGGGAAUUUUUAAUUAUUAUUUUUUUUAGCUCAAACCAUCAUCAUUUUCUGAAUGAUUUAGAAAAUCAAGUUUGAAGUUUGAACGCAGGUCAAAACGCAGUGAUUAGCCGAAUCCCCCUCAUGUUCUGAGAUUCUAAAUUAUUACUACAGGCAUACAGCAGUGAUCUCUCAAAGACCAAUAUCAUAUUUGCAUAUACAAUGCCAUAGGAAUCUAAAGAGACUGCUAUGAAUCAUAAUGUAAUGCGUAAAGCUUGUUGGCCUGUGCUCAAGGUAGAUGACUAGAUGCAUUCCAACCAGAUAUCAACAUUACGCAUUUUGAUUACAACGUUAUUGUCCUGGUGGACUCGAAGGGCAUGAUAGGACUGUUCUAGAACGCCAAUCAAUGAUGUUAGAGAACCAGACGUGGAUUUAGAACGUCCAGCGCAGCGCACACAGUCUCUAGAACCCUUAAUUCUGGGAAUGCCACUUCCAUUCUUGUGUUCCUGGAAAGAAAUCGGACGCAUCUCACGUGUUAACCAUAACCACAUAUUUAUAACAGGGUCUGGUUGGGAUCAGCGGGAGCAAUCUUAGUUUCCUCCGACCUCUUUCCCUAGUAACAUCGUAAUUACAUCCUGUUUUGCGAGCGAGCGAGGGAGUGGGUGAAGCUAUUAAAUGUUUGAUAGGUGGAUGAACUCACAAACAGUAUUAUCUCAGGGAGAGGGAAUGACAGAUAAUAGCAGCUAUGGCAGACUGCAGUCAUG